AGACUCCUGGUAAUCAAGUCCUAGACUGUAUUGGAGAACCUGAUCCUGAAACUCCAGCACUAUGUCUUACCAACAGCAGCAGUGCAAGCAACUCUGCCAGCCUCCUCCUGUGUGCCCACCUCCAAAGUGCCCAGAGCCUUGUCCUCCUCCAAAGUACCCUGAGCCUUGUCCUCCUCCAAAGUGCCCUGAGCCUUGUCCUCCUCCAAACUGUCCAGAGCCUUGCCCUGAGCCAUGUCCCCCUCCCUCAUACCAGCAGAAAUGCCCUCCUGUGCAACCUCCUCCACCCUGCCAGCAGAAGUGCCCACCCAAGAGCAAGUGAGACCUUCAGCACUCAUCAGGACAAGGAAAAGAGAAGAGAAUCUGUCUCAUGUACUUGCAAAGUAACACCUUCCUUUCCCUCCAAAACAUUUCAUGAAUGCACAGGAAUCUUCUAAACUUUUCCAUCUCCAUGUUCCUGUGAUGAUCCCUUACACAGAAGUUUCCCUGCUUUUGGUAUCAAGAGCCUGCUGACAAUGUCUGUCCUCAGUGAUUUGGUGUCCCAGAUGCUCAGUGGGAAGUGUAGCUGUUAUCUAUCCUGUGCACUCAGAAGAUGUUUCUCAAGAUGUUAGUCACCUUAAUUGUAAUGCUGCAAUUGAAAUUCCAUUUCCUGAAUAAAUCACAAUCUGAUGAAUG